GGGACGGGCCUCUCCCGCGCCCGGCUGGGCUCAGUCUGCCCACCGCUCACAGGGAGCGAGUGGCCGGCUGGACCUGGGUGAACUGGUCUCCGCACGGCCCUUCGGGCGCGGGCGGGAAGCCGGCUCCUGGGCACCUGUGCUGCACCCCGCGCACUCUCCCCGGCAUGGCGCACGCGGAGACGGCGGCUCCGGGCCGCAGGGCCGGCCUGUGAGCCUCGGACCCGAGAGGCACCGGGGGCUUGGCCGCGCGCACGAUGCCUUUCCCAGCGGAGGCGAGGGCGACCCCGAGGGCGACGGGGCGCGCGGUGGCCCCGGCGCUGCUGCUGCUGCUGCUCUCCGCGGUGCGUGCGACAGCCCCGCUGCGACCCCUGCCCCCGCUGCAGCCCAGCAUGCCCCAUGUGUGUGCCCAGCAGGAGCUGACCCUGGUGGGCCACCGCCAGCCCUGUGUGAAGGCCCUCAGUCGCGUGGUGCCCGUGUGGAAGCCGGGCUGUGGGCGGCAGGCAUGGUGCAUUGGCCACGAGCGCAGAACCGUCUACUACACAGGCUACAGGCAGGUGUAUGCUGCAGAGGCCCGCACGGUGUUCCGGUGCUGCCCGGGAUGGAGCCAGCAGCCGGGUCAGGAGGGCUGCCUCUCAGCGGAAUGCACUUCUGGGCUCUGUUUUAAUGGUGGCCGCUGUGUGCCAGGCUCAGCUCAACUCUGCCGCUGUCCCCGAGGCUUCCAGGGCCCCCGCUGUCAGUACGAUGUAGACGAGUGCACCAGUGCCAACGGAGGCUGUGAGGGCCUGUGCUGCAACACAGUGGGCGGCUUCUACUGCCGCUGCCCCCCUGGCCACCAGCUGCAGGGUGACGGCAAGACCUGCCAAGAUGUGGACGAGUGCCGUGUGCACAACGGAGGCUGCCAGCACAGGUGUGUCAACACGCCCGGGUCCUACCUCUGCGAGUGCAAGCCCGGUUUCCGGCUCCACGCCGACGGCAGGACCUGCCUGGCCGUCAACUCCUGUGCCUUGGGCCAUGGCGGCUGCCAGCACCAGUGCGUCCAGCUCACGGUGACGCGGCACCGCUGCCAGUGCCGGCCGGGCUUCCAGCUGCAGGAGGACGGCAGGCGCUGUGCCCGGAGAAGCCCGUGUGCAGACGGGAAUGGCGGCUGCAUGCACACGUGCCAGGUGCUGCGGGGCCUGGCCCACUGUGGGUGCCGAGCGGGCUACCAGCUGGCUGCCGACCGCAAGGCCUGUGAAGACGUGGACGAGUGUGCCUCGGGGCUGGCCCAGUGUGCCCACGGCUGCCUCAACACUCAGGGCACCUUCAAAUGCGUGUGCCACGCAGGCUACGAGCUGGGUGCUGAUGGCCGGCAGUGCUACCGGAUCGAGAUGGAGAUUGUGAACAGCUGCGAGGCCGGCCAGGGCGGCUGCUCCCACGGCUGCAGCCACACCAGCGCAGGGCCCCUCUGCACCUGUCCCCAUGGCUACGAGCUGGACGAGGACCAGAAGACCUGUGUUGACGUUGACGACUGUGCCGACUCCCCGUGCUGCCAGCAGGUCUGCGCCAACAGCCCCGGCGGGUACGAGUGUGGCUGCUACGCCGGCUACCGGCUCAGCACCGAUGGCUGCAGCUGUGAGGACGUUGACGAGUGCGCCUCGGGCCACGGAGGCUGUGAGCACCACUGCACCAACACGGCCGGCUCCUUCCAGUGCUCCUGCGAGGCCGGCUACCGGCUGGACGAGGACCGCAGAGGAUGCACCCCUCUGGAGGAGCUCAUGGUGGACCUGGAUGGCCAGCUGCCCUUCGUGCGGCCCCUGCCCCACAUCGCGGUGCUGCGGGACGGGCUGCCGCAGCUCUUCCAGGACGACUCUGGGGCCGAGGAGGAGGAGGAGGAGGAGGAGGCAGAGCUGCGGGGGGAGCACACGCUCACUGAGAAGUUUGUCUGCCUGGGUGACACUUUCGGCCAGGACUGCAGCUUGACCUGCGACGACUGUGUGAACGGAGGGACCUGCCUCCCAGGCCUGGACGGCUGCGACUGCCCCGAGGGCUGGACCGGGCUCGUCUGCAAUGAGACUUGUCCUCCAGACACCUUUGGAAAGAACUGCAGCUCCCCCUGUGGCUGCCAGAACGGAGGGACCUGCGAUCCUGUGACGGGUGCCUGCCGCUGUCCCCCAGGUGUCAGCGGGACUCACUGUGAGGACGGCUGCCCCAAGGGCUUCUAUGGCAAACACUGUCGCAAGAAAUGCCACUGUGCCAACCGGGGCCGAUGUCACCGCCUCUACGGGGCCUGCCUCUGUGACCCGGGGCUCUAUGGCCGCUUCUGCCACCUGGCCUGCCCGCCCUGGGCCUUCGGGCCGGGCUGCUCCGAGGAGUGCCUCUGCGAACAGUCCCACACGCAGUCCUGUGACCGGAGAGAUGGCACCUGCUCCUGCAAGGCUGGCUUCAGGGGCAAGCGGUGUCAGGCAGAGUGCGAGCCAGGCUUCUUCGGGCCAGGAUGCCAGCGUACGUGCACCUGUCCCCCAGGCGUGGCCUGUGAUCCUGUGAGCGGCGAGUGUCGGGAGCAGUGUCCUGCUGGCUACCGGGGGCAGGACUGUGGUCAAGAGUGCCCAGAGGGGACAUUUGGUGUGAACUGCUCAGGCUCCUGCUCCUGUGGGGGUGCCUCUUGCCACCGGGUCACAGGGCAGUGCCUGUGUCCACCAGGCCGGACCGGAGAGGACUGUGGGGCAGAUUGUCCUGAGGGCCACUGGGGGCUCGGCUGCCAGGAGAUGUGCCCUGUGUGUGAGCACGGUGCCCGCUGUGACCCCGCGACGGGAGCCUGCCUGUGCCUCCCCGGCUUCGUGGGCAGCCGCUGUCAGGAUGCUUGCCCGGCAGGCUGGUUUGGACCCGGCUGCCAGACGAGGUGCUCCUGUGGCAACGAUGGGCACUGCCACCCGGCUACUGGGCGCUGCAGCUGUGCCCCUGGCUGGACUGGCCUGCAUUGUCAGAGAGCCUGUGACAGUGGACACUGGGGGCCCGACUGCGGCUACCCCUGCGACUGCACCGCAGGCCACGGGAGCUGCGAUGCCAUCAGCGGCCUGUGCCUGUGUGAGGCUGGCUACGUGGGGCCACGGUGUGAGCAGCGGUGUCCCCCAGGAUACUUUGGACCAGGCUGUGGGCACCAGUGCCAGUGUGAGCACGGGGCAGCCUGUGACCACGUCAGCGGGGCCUGCACCUGCCCAGCAGGCUGGAGGGGAAGCUUCUGUGAGCGAGCCUGCCCAGCUGGCUUCUUUGGGUUGGACUGUCGUGGCGCCUGCAACUGCUCCGCGGGGGCCGCCUGCGACCACGUGAACGGCUCCUGCCUCUGCCCGCCAGGCCGCCAGGGACCCCGCUGCACCCAGACUUGCCCGGCCCUCACCUACGGCCUUAACUGCAGCCAGCCCUGCACCUGCUUUAAUGGGGCCUCCUGUGACCCCGUCCACGGGCAGUGCCACUGUGCCCCCGGCUGGAUGGGGCCCACCUGCCUGCAGGCCUGUCCCGCUGGCCAGUAUGGCCAGGGCUGCCGACAAGCCUGCCUCUGCCAGAACGGAGGGAGCUGUGACCCCGUCUCAGGCCACUGCACGUGCGCAGAGGGCUGGUCCGGCCUGGCCUGUGAGAACGAAUGCCUCCCCGGACACUACGGAGCUGGCUGUCGGCUCAGCUGCGGCUGCCUCAAUGGAGGCCUCUGUGACAGGCACACGGGCCGCUGCCUCUGCCCUGCUGGCUGGACUGGGGACAAGUGCCAGAGACCCUGUGCCGAGGGCACCUUCGGGGCUCGCUGUGAGGAGCGCUGCACCUGUCGUCGGGGAGCCUGCCACCAUGUCACGGGGGCCUGCCGCUGCCCCCCAGGAUGGAGGGGCUCACGGUGUGAGGAGGCCUGCCCACACGGCUGGUUCGGAGAGGCCUGUGUCCAGAGCUGCCGCUGCCCGCCUGGGGCCUCCUGCCACCACGUCACUGGGGAGUGUCACUGUCCUCCUGGCUUCACCGGGCCUGGCUGUGAGCAGGCCUGCUGGCCCGGCACUUUUGGAGAGGACUGUAGGCACCUGUGCCAGUGUCCUGGCAAGACCCAGGCCUGCCACCCUGCCACAGGGGCCUGCGUGUGCAUGGCCGGCUACCACGGCACUGGCUGCCAGAAACGAUGCCCGCCUGGGCGCUACGGUCCAGGCUGUGGACAGGUGUGUGGGUGUCGGAACGGGGGCUCCUGUGACGCAGCCACAGGGGCCUGCCACUGUCCUGCCGGGUUCCUCGGAGCUGACUGCAGUCUGACCUGUCCACCAGGCCACUUUGGCCUCAGCUGUGCCCAUGUGUGUGCAUGCGGGCAGGGGGCCACCUGUGACCCUGUGACCGGCACUUGCAUCUGCCCACCGGGGAGGACUGGCACCCACUGUGAGCACGGCUGCCCCCAGAACCGGUUUGGCGCGGGCUGUGAGCUCCAGUGUGACUGCAGACACGGAGCCCUGUGCCACAGCACCCAUGGCAGCUGCUCCUGCCGCCCGGGCUGGACGGGGCCACACUGCGAGCAGGCCUGUCCCCCUGGUGGCCAGUGCUUCUGCCCAGCCGGCUUCCACGGCCAGUUCUGUGAGAGGGGGUGUGAGCCGGGCUCCUUUGGAGAAGGCUGCCACCAACGGUGUGGCUGCAGUGGUGGGGCGCCCUGCCACCCCGUCAGCGGCCUCUGCCUGUGCCCACCAGGGCGCUCGGGAGCCACGUGUGACCUGGAUUGCAAACCAGGCCGCUUUGGGCCCGGCUGUACCCUGCGCUGUGAGUGUUCAGCGGGGGCUGACUGUGACCCGGUCAGUGGGCAGUGCCACUGCGUGGAUGGCUACAUGGGGCCCACGUGCCGGGAAGGUGGGCCCUCCCAGUUCCUCGAGAGCCUGUCCCCAGCACGGGGCGCAGCGGCCACACGGCCAGUCUCCAGCGGACAGGUACCCAGCUCUGCAGGCACUAGCUGAGGCAGCCCCUGCCCUGGAGGCUCUGCCACAAAGCUCCAGCUGAGGGACCCGGCCUUGGUGAUGCAAGAGAACACACGUGGACCUCUCUCCAGAGGCUGUGGACAGCUGUGGGUCCCAGGGGAGGGCUGUAGACAGCUGCCCAGCCUCUCCAUCAGCCAGGGCCCUGUGGCUGCGAGGAGGGAGGCCUCACGUGGCCACAAGUAGCCCAGAGGAGUGGACCGGACCUCAGGCUGCAUGGUCCACAUCAGGCACCUGGCUAGCUGGGCUGAGGACGCCCUGACCCUCCAUGCAGCCUGGGUUGGGACCAAGGCAGCUGUGGGUGUGGGCCUCUGCCCUCCGAGCAGGCCCUCCUGGUGCUAGGCCCUGGACUGCUGCAGCCUGGCCGACUGACUCUUUACCUGCAGAUGUGGUCUGGCCGGUUAUGUAUAGGUAUUUAUGGGCAGUGCUACACGCCCCGCUGCCCCGGGGCCGCUAGAAGCUGCCCGUCCCAGGAAGCCUGGACUCAGGCUGGCAGGGCCCUGGGGUCCCCAGCAGAUGUGCUCAGGUUCCAUGUAAAGCCCAGCGAGUUAAAUUAAUGUGGGCUUCUGCGG